AUGUUUCUACCGGAUAUGGGAGGGAGCAUGGCGGAAUGCAUAUUGUCCCUCAUGUUCUUCGUCGCUUUGGUCGCUGGGCAAACUACUACCGCGCCUUCGUUCACACCCUCGAAUGAUACUUUACCGGCUAACAUGACAACACCUGAUAUGCAAUUGACUUUACUGUCGGGAACUAGUCUGCCCAUGGUCCGGAAUAUGUACAAUGUUGCCCCGCUCACUUCUUUCGCCGGUCAGGGACAAGCUGACAAUUCCGUGGGUCAAAUUUUGUUAAACGGAUCCAUUGCCAUAACAGAUGCGACAUCUGCGAGUAAUUUAUCGAGCACCACUAUAGCAUACAUGAGCUGUGACCCGAACGAAACCUCCAACAUCGAUUCAACAGAAGCUAUCAUCAUGGCAGGAAAUGUGAGACCAAAGGGUACUGGUGCUGUUCGAGCUCACAGGCAUCCGGAAAGAUAUGGUCCUCGCAACGCUUUUCCAGGAAGGCCUAGGCAAAGUCGAGCAAAGGGUCUUGCACGUGCUAUGUUGGAGACUUUACCCAUUGUGAAGUUUGGGGACCCAGAACCGGGCAAACCCGGAAGUGGUGAUAUUGAAUUAGAAAAUGGCAGUGUUCAUCAUGCUCCUGUUGCCACUGCAACAAGUGCUACGACUGAAGACAUUCCUAAAGCAUCAACCACAGCGGCAGUCGUUGCGACUUCUGAGCAAUCUGGGAUGGGAUCUGACGUGGAGCCUAGUUCUGGAGCUAACGAAGCUUCAGCAGUCCCCAAGGAGGACGAUCUUUUGCAAUGUUCGAUUUGUACAGAAGAUUUUGCUACGGGUGAAGACGUUCGGGUUCUUCCAUGUCACCACAAGUACCACCCUGCUUGCAUAGAUCCUUGGUUAUUGAAUGUUUCGGGGACUUGCCCAUUAUGUCGUCAUGAUUUGCGACCUACAGUAACCCAUGCCCAAAAUGAAGACGAAGAACUUCCACCACCACUGGAAGCACAUGAGGGAGAAACAGCUAGUGAACACACAGCUAAUGUUUCUGAAAACGGAGAGGCUGGGCCUGGUCACCGCAUUUCUCGUCUUAUGCAUCUUCGUCAUGCCCCUCCUGAAGAGAGCAUUGCUGCUCUUCGUGAAUUGGCGCGCGAGCAACCCCAGCAAGAAGGGGAAGUGUCAAAUCAGGAUGUAGCUGAAGAACAAAGCAGAAGAACUAGACUUGCUGGCCGACUCCGAAACAGUUUCCGAAUAAGAACACGGUCACAAGCAGCCUCCGCUGCCGAACCUAGUGCGACAGCAUGA